AUGGAACCGGAUUGUUCACUACCUUCUCGUGUAGACUCGCCGGAGCUGGAACCGGCGCCGGCGGAAACUGAACACCAUUGUCAAGACAGGGUUUCAGCGACUGAUGAGAUAGUAAUUGAGGAUGAUUUAGUGGGAUCAGGUCAAAUUAAGCUGGGGAUAACUGAAAUCUUAGCUCAGAUUCACAAGAAAGCUUCAUCAGUUCUCAAGUCGUCGCUUCAGUGUGAAGAAAUCGGUUUAGAAAAACGCAAGAGAAACGGUUCAGCUUCUCCACCUACUUCUGAGCAUAGAGAUGAAGGAGAGACUGAUGAAGAUGUCUCGGAGGUUCCUGAGGAAAUAGUCUGUGUUGAUUCAGAGUUCAAUGAAUUCAAAAACACGAUGAGCUCUUUCAAGGUGAAUAAAGUCUGGGCGCUUUAUGAUCCUCUUGACGGCAUGCCUCGUCUCUAUUGCAAGAUCAAGAAAAUUGCCAAGUCUGGAUCGAGUUUUCAAGUGACGUGUCUUGAUUCUAAAGACGAAGAGUCGGUUCCUGUAUCCUGCGGGAGGUUCGAGUACGGGAUUACAGAAACCAUCAGAAGCCAGUUGGUGUUUUCUCACGAGAUGAAACCGAACAUCUACGGCAGGAACAUCAGUGUGAUCCCAAGGAAAGGCGAGACAUGGGCUCUGUUUAGAGACUGGAAGAGAAGCCAGCUGUACAAACACAAGCCUCCUUAUAGAUAUGACUUUGUGGAGAUCUUGUUUUCCGACAAGGAACAAGGCGUCGGAGUUAAGUUUCUUGGGAAAGUUAGAGGAUUCACUUCGGUUUUCAACUACGCUGAGCAACAUGUCAUUGCGGAGAUGAUUGGAACAGAGGAGAUGGGAAGAUUCUCUCAUAGAGUCCCGUCGUUUAGAUUGACCGGAGAUGAGAAGAAUGGAGUUCCGGCUAAUUCUUUCGAGCUAGACCCUGCUGCUGUCCCGAGCUGUAUGCUCGGUGAGGAAGCGGUGGAAACAGAAACGCAAAGUGUUGAAGUUGGGUCUAGAAAAGAUGUCCCUGUUGUCAUCUUAGAUUAA